AUGUCUUUGGUUGAGCAUUUUGACGCGACGCUAAACGCGGACCCAAAUACACGUACUCGAGCUGAACUCUCUUUAAAACAAUUGGAAAAAGACCCUAACUUUGUCUUGGCUGUUCUUCAACUAUUAAGCGACCAAAGCAAUGCUCUUCCCACCCAGCAAGCUGCUGUAAUAUACUUAAAAAACAGAAUUGCUCGUUCUUGGACGACGAUUGAUGAUGCUCCUUCUGUGUUGGAUAUUCCUCUAGAACAGAAGGCUCUUUUCCGUCAAAACAUUCUUCCUGUUCUUUUACAGAGCCCCAUCUUCACAAGAUCUCAUUUAAUCGCUAUUUUGAACAUUAUUCUUUCCACCGAUUUUCCCGAUCAGUGGCCUGGCUUUAGCGAACUUACAGCCAAUCUUGUUCAAUCGAACGAACAAUGCGAGGUAUACGCAGGCUUAAUUUGCUUACACGAACUUUCCAAGGUUUACAGAUGGCGUUUGGACGAUCGCCAACGGGAUAUUGGUCCCUUAAUAUCCGCCAUUUUCCCAAUAAUCCUCCAAAUUGCUCACAACCUUAUUAAUAUGGAGGAUAACGAUUCUGCCGAAAUGCUUCGUCUCAUUUUGAAAACAUUCAAGUCGGUCAUUGCAUUAGAACUUCCUACCGAAUUGCUUGCCAACGAUAUGAUCCUUGCUUGGAUUCAACUUCUAUUGGCUGUUGUACAAAAGCCUAUACCGGCUUCUGUCAUGGCCCUUGAUUCCGAAAUGCGCCAGGCCCACGUUUGGCAUAAAUGUAAGAAAUGGGCAUACUAUUCCUUGAACCGUAUUUUCACUCGUUAUGGAGAACCUAGUUCACUUUAUGGUGAAUCUGCUAACAAAUACCGCAAUUUUGCCAAAAAUUUUAUCGCCAAUAUUGUGCCUAGCAUUUUGGAGACAUACUUACAGCAAACCGUUUUGUGGUCACAAGGACAAUUAUGGCUUUCUCCUCGUAUAUUGUAUUUCCUCGGAUGCUUUUAUGAAGAAUGCGUUAAACCCAAAAGUACCUGGCAGCUUUUACAACCUCAUCUUCGGUUGUUAAUUGGUGACUUUGUUUUUCCCCAGUUAUGCAUGAGCGAAGAGGACGAAGAAUUAUGGGAUCUUGAUCCCGUAGAGUUUAUUCAUAAAUACAUCGAUAUCUAUGAUGAUUUCAAUUCAGCUGAUGUUGCUGCUUCUCGGUUCCUUGUUCGAUUGGCGUCUAAGAGGAAAAAAGACACUUUCAUGGGCAUCUUAACUUUUGCUAGUGAUGCUCUGAACCAAUAUGCUGCUUCUGCCCCGAACGAGAAGAACCCUAGACAGAAAGAGGGUGCUCUUCGUAUGGUUGCCGCUGUUUCUAACUCCAUCCUUAGCAAGAAUUCUCCAGUUGCUGGUAUGAUGCAGGAUUUUAUUGUUGCUCAUGUAAUGCCAGAAUUCUCCAGUCCUGUUGGCUAUUUAAGAUCUCGCGCAUGUGAAAUGAUUAACCGCUUUAGUGAUAUCACUUGGAAUGACAAAUCUCAGCUCUUGAUUGUUUAUCAUUCCGUGCUUAAUUGCCUACAAGAUUCGGAUUUGCCAGUACGAGUACAAGCUGCCUUAGCUUUGCAACCUCUUAUGCGUCAUGUUGAAGUUCAUGAUGUUAUGACAGCUCACGUACCCACCAUUAUGCAAAACCUUUUGUAUUUAGCAAACGAAAUUGACAUUGAUGCUUUGUCUUCUUGCAUGGAGGAGUUCGUUAGUUCUUUCAGCCAUGAAUUGACUCCUUUCGCUGCUCAGCUGGCUAAGCAACUUCGUGAUACCUUCCUUAAGUUCAUGCAAGAGAGUAUUGAACAGUCAAAUACCGCCGAAGAUUUUGAUACUUUGGUGGAUGAUAAAUCUAUUGCUGCCAUUGGCAUCUUGAAUACCCUAAGUACUAUGAUUUUGAGUUUGGAAAACACCGUUGAUGUUUUGAGAGAAAUUGAAGUUAUUCUUUUGCCUAUUAUUAGUUUCGUCUUGGAUAACAAUAUUUUUGACGUUUUUGCUGAAAUGUUUGAAAUAGUUGAUGGCUGUACGUUUGCUUCGAAGGAGAUAUCUCCUGUGAUGUGGACAGUAUUUCAAAAGCUUCACGGUGUUUUGAAGGAAUCUGGCAUCGAAUUCGUUGAAGAUGCAACUCCUGCUUUAAGCAAUUUUAUUACUUAUGGUGGAAAGGAUUUUGCUGCUCGUCCUGAUUAUAUUGCCGCUAUGGUUGAUAUUAUUUUGCAAGUCUUCAACAGCGACCAUUUAGCCGUUAAUGACCGUAUUGCUGCUUGUAAACUCAUGGAAUUGCUUAUGCUUAAUUACCGUGGAUUGCUGGAUCAAUAUGUUCCUACCUUCAUUGAAAUUGCCGGUAAUUUACUUUUAGUUAGUGAAAAGCCUACUUCACAAAUUUAUCGCGUCUUCUUGUGUGAAGUCAUCAUUAAUGCCUUGUACUACAACCCCGGCAUGACUUUGGGUGUGCUCCAAAUGCAGCAAUGGACGGCUCCUUUCUUUGCCAUGUGGUUUAAGGAUAUUGCCUCUUUUACUCGUGUGCAUGACAAGAAGCUUUGCUUAGUUGCUAUUUUGUCUAUGAUUCCCCUUUCCGCAGAACAGGUUGCGUUGGCUCUUCAAGAUAACUGGAACCAUGUCAUGAAAAUCAUGAUUUCUUUGCUGAAAACCUUACCUGAUGCAUUGGCAGCACGUGCUGAAUUAGAAAAAGAAUAUGACGGUGAGACAUUUAAUCUUACCUCCUCUGGUUGGAAUGAUGGCAUCGACUGGGAAGCUGAUGAAGAUGACGGCGUUGACGACUUCGCCGUCGAAUAUGAUGGCCCUGAUUUAGAAGGAGACGUUUCAGGUGACGCUGCUGAUGAAUUGGAUGAUUUUGAACGGUAUCAAGGUAAUUAUCUUCUAGACGAGGAUCCCCUGUUCCAUACCUCUCUCGACCAAAUUGAACCAUUCUCUCUUUUCCAAGAUUUUAUGGUACACUUAAAGGACAGUAGUCCGAUUGUAAUGCAGGAUAUGUUGAAAAAUCUAAAUGCUGAGGAGCAACAAUCGCUCCAAACCCUGCUCAAUGAGCAACCGGCUGCACUGGCUGCCUCCGCUGCUUCUGCCAAUCAGUAA